UGAGUUCCUAGGGAGCAAAAUUUAGGAAUUCUGUGGCCUCUUCAUCCCUUUCCAAAGCGCCUGACCUCGCGUAGCCACCUUCCCAUCAAGGCCUCUGUUUUUGUAAACUUCUCGCCGCACAACCCGCCCAUUGACCCGGAACUCUUCUCUGCCAGGGUUGUCGGGCCCCUAACCCCUGCUUCUGCGCCUGCGCGCCAAGGCGGCUCAGAUGCCGGCGGUCUCUGCGGGAGAGGGAAGAUGGCGCUUGACGGACCGGAGCAGGUAUGGCGGCUGCGGCGGCCGGGCGGGGACUGGGGGCUCGAUGCGAAGAAGGCGUGAUCCGAGGUGGACUGCCAGCUGGGGGCAAGAGGGUCGGAUGGAGCUGGAAGAGGGAAAAGCAGGCAGUGGACUCCGCCAGUAUUAUCUGUCCAAGAUUGAAGAAUUGCAGCUGAUUGUGAAUGACAAGAGCCAGAAUCUCCGGAGGCUGCAGGCACAGAGGAAUGAGCUCAAUGCGAAAGUUCGCCUACUGCGGGAAGAGCUACAGCUGCUGCAGGAACAGGGCUCCUAUGUAGGAGAAGUAGUCCGGGCCAUGGAUAAGAAGAAAGUGUUGGUUAAGGUGCAUCCCGAAGGCAAGUUUGUCGUAGAUGUGGACAAGAACAUCGACAUCAACGAUGUGACACCCAAUUGCCGAGUGGCUCUAAGAAACGACAGCUACACUCUGCACAAGAUAUUGCCCAACAAGGUGGACCCCCUGGUGUCACUGAUGAUGGUGGAGAAAGUGCCAGAUUCAACCUAUGAGAUGAUCGGUGGACUGGACAAGCAGAUAAAGGAGAUCAAAGAAGUGAUCGAGCUGCCUGUCAAGCAUCCUGAGCUCUUUGAAGCGCUGGGCAUUGCACAGCCCAAGGGGGUGCUGCUAUAUGGGCCCCCAGGCACUGGGAAGACACUGUUGGCCCGGGCUGUGGCUCAUCAUACAGACUGUACCUUUAUUCGUGUCUCUGGCUCUGAAUUGGUACAGAAAUUCAUCGGGGAAGGGGCAAGAAUGGUGAGGGAGCUGUUUGUCAUGGCACGAGAACAUGCUCCUUCUAUCAUCUUCAUGGAUGAAAUCGACUCCAUUGGCUCCUCACGGCUGGAGGGGGGUUCCGGAGGGGACAGUGAGGUGCAGCGCACAAUGCUGGAGCUGCUCAACCAGCUGGAUGGCUUUGAGGCCACCAAGAAUAUCAAGGUUAUCAUGGCUACUAACAGGAUUGACAUCCUGGACUCAGCGCUGCUCCGCCCUGGGCGCAUCGACAGGAAAAUUGAAUUCCCACCCCCCAAUGAGGAGGCCCGGCUGGACAUUUUGAAGAUUCAUUCUCGGAAAAUGAACCUGACCCGGGGGAUCAACCUGCGGAAGAUUGCUGAGCUCAUGCCUGGAGCGUCAGGGGCUGAAGUAAAGGGCGUGUGCACCGAAGCCGGCAUGUAUGCCCUGCGGGAGCGGCGAGUCCACGUCACGCAGGAGGACUUUGAGAUGGCAGUGGCCAAGGUCAUGCAGAAGGACAGCGAGAAGAACAUGUCUAUCAAGAAGCUAUGGAAGUGAAGCGGUGGUCUUUUGUGUGGUUCCUUCAAAUAAAGCUCUGCAGGACAAGCUCUUAA